AUGUCUAACCUUCAUCGAAAUGUCCAGGAAACAUCGUCUUACGACAAGUUCAACGCGAAGAGCUACUUGAAGAAAAAUUACCCCAUGGGGCCUGACGGGAUACCUGCGUCUCACGAGGACUGGAUGCCGUGGCUACUCAACAACCUGAAGGACACCUUCGCGGGGGGUCAGCUGUCUGGAGAGCGGCUGUUGGAUGUGGGGACCGGACCUGCUAUCCACAACCUGAUCUCUGCUGCCCGCUACUUUCCCAACAUCACAUGUGCGGAGUACUGUCAGGAAAACAGAGAAGAAGUUGAGAAGUGGGUUCGCGGAGAGGAAGACGCGUUCGACUGGGCCCCUUUCAUCAAAUAUGUGUGUGGACUGGAGGGGCAGCGUGACUGGGAGGCCCGCCAGGUGUCGCUGCGUGACGCCAUCCAGCAGGUGGUGUUCUGUGACGUCAGGGAUGAGAACCUGCUCGCCUCCUUGAACGGCGGACCGUAUGAUGUCGUCAGCAGCGUCUUCACUUUGUGUGGAGUAGCGAAAGACAAGGCUGAUUUUGACGGGAUCGUGUCCAACGUAAGCCAUCUCGUGAAGCCAGGCGGGACGCUGAUCCUAGUCUGUGACCUGGAGGCCACUCACUACUCUGACGGCAAGGCGUCCUUCCCGCACACUUACCUAGAAGCCUCUUACAUUCGGCAGGCAGUCAGAAACAGCGGAUUCACGGAUGUGAAAGACGAUGUGUUGCUCUUUAAGAGUAUCGAGGGCUUAAACUGGGACGGCACGAGUUAUAUAUACCUCACUGCACGCAAGUCAUUAGAUACCGCAUAGUAACAUACUAGUAGUCAGUCCUGGGUCCUUUGCUAGCUGCAAACACAGUAGACGUGUACCAAGUCGAUAAAUGAUAAUAAACUAUUGCAAAUUGAAA